AUGGCAAAUAUAUAUGCAACUACGAAAAACUGUUCUUCAUCUUCUUCACCUGUAGAGAUCGAUGACAUUUCCUUUUUUCUCCAAAAAUUUCUCUUUCCUCCUUCGUCUUCUUCUUCAACUCUAAUGCAACAGCAGUCUUUUGCUACAACCCAUGAUUAUGUUCCGCCAACUGUCCCAGGUCCGGGACGGAUCUCUGUGCUCGAAUCAUCUUCAGCAUUGAACUCCUCGUCCGGUGGGUAUUUUCCGACAAGUACAACGGCGAAUGUGUCUUCUUCUGUUGGGACAGUGGAUAAUGACCCUGAUGGAUAUGAGUAUGAUUGUGAAAGUCAGGACGCUAUUGAAGCCUUGGUAGAAGAGGCACUGCCAAAGUCAACACCACGCCGGAACUCAUCGAAGAGAACCCGAGCAGCUGAAGUGCAUAAUUUAGGAGGAGGAGCAGGAUUAAUUAAUGAAAAACUGAGGUCGUUGCAAAAUCUAAUUCCAAAUUCUAACAAGACGGACAAGGCUUCAAUGCUCGAUGAAGCAAUCGAGUACCUCAAGCAGCUCCAACUUCAAGUACAGAUGUUAACAAUGAGGAACGGAUUAAGCCUUUAUCCCAUGUCCCUCCCCGUGAUGCCUCGCCCUGACCAAGUUUCUCAGAUGAGAAUGGGUAUUUACCAGGGGAAUGGACCCUUGAACAUGAAAAGUGAACAUCCUUUGAACCAAGAUUACUUAUCAAAUGCCCUAUUCAGUCUAUUGGAUAAUAGUCCUACACACGCAUCAGCUGCAGAUUUCUCAACCAUGAUGGGUUCAAAAACCUCAUUUGAAUUGGCAUCAAUCCCGACUCAACUCGGACCCUUCCAGUUCUCCAGAUCUUCUAAAGGAAUGUGCAGGGAUGAGGAUUUGCCUUUUCAUGAAGUAAAUGGGGACUCUUCUGUGACUAGUUUCAGAGGUAAAUCUUUUAUCUAA